CUGCAGUGUAGCCUGCACCGCCCCGCGAGCCCUGCCCAGCCCACCCUUGGCAUGUGCUCCCCCUGACACCGCGAGCUGCCACAGUGCCACCGCGGCUCAUUCACUUCACUCCCCUCCCCUCUGCUCUUCCCUCGCCCCACCUUAAACCCCGCCACGCCCGCCGCCGCCGCCGCAGUGGCGCUAGCUACCAUGACCCCUCCUCUCGCCUCCCGGGGAUCCGGGGGGACGCGGCGCCUCCAAUGCCUGGCGCUCCUCGUGGUGGCGCUCGCGUCCCUGGCGGUGUCACAGCCGAUUAACCCGCGGCUGAGCGCGGCGUACGUCGCGCUGCAGACGUGGAAGCGCACCGCCAUCUUCUCCGACCCGGCCAACUUCACCGCCAACUGGAUCGGCCCCAACGUCUGCGGAUACAACGGCGUCUACUGUGCGCCGCACCCCGCCGACGGCGCGCUCGCCGUGGCCGGUAUUGACCUCAACCACGCCGACAUCGCCGGGUACCUCCCCGCCGACCUGCCGCGGGGGCUGCCCGACCUCGCGCUGCUCCACCUCAACUCCAACCGUUUCUGCGGUGUGCUCCCGGAUACCUUCCUCCACCUGCGCCUCCUCCACGAGCUCGACCUCAGCAACAACCGCUUCGUCGGCCCGUUCCCCGCGGUGGUGCUCACGCUGCCGUCGCUCAGGUACCUCGACCUCAGGUUCAACGAUUUCGAGGGAUCCAUACCGCCAGCGCUCUUCGACCGCCCGCUCGACGCCAUCAUCCUCAACAACAACCGGCUCACGCGCCCCAUCCCGGCGAAUCUUGGCAACUCGCCGGCAUCGGUGGUCGUGCUCGCGCACAACAGGCUCGGCGGCUGCAUCCCGCCGUCCAUUGGGAGGAUGGCCAACACGCUCAACGAGAUCGUGCUCAUCGACGACGAGCUCACGGGCUGCAUCCCGCCGCAGGUGGGGCUGCUCAGUCAGGUUACGGUGUUCGACGUCAGCGGCAACCACCUACAGGGCCAGCUCCCGGGGAGCGUCGCCGGGAUGGCGGCCGUCGAGCAGCUCAACGUGGCGGGCAACCUCCUCAAGGGCCCGGUGCCGGCGGCCGUGUGCGGGCUGCAAAGAAGCCUCAGGAACUUCACCUACGAGGACAACUUCUUCACCUCGCGGCCUGGCUGCGCGGUGGCGACGGCGGAUGGGAGGUGGAACUGCAUCCCGGGUGCUCCCGCGCAGCGCCCGCCGGCACAGUGCGCCGCCGCGGGCGCCCCGUUCGAUUGCAGCAAGGCGCAAUGCCAGGCUGCGCCGACGUCCAGACCCACUGGCAGGGGCGGGCACGGAGGUGGCACCGGGCUGCCGUCUCCGAGUGGUUCCCCUCCGAGGCGCCCUCCGCCGCCUGGGUCCGGCUCCGGCUCUCCUUCACAACCAUUGCCGCCGCCGGGCUCCACGACUCCGUCGUAUCCGUCUCCACCAGGGAGCUCCACUACUCCGCCAUACCCGUCCCCACCAGGGAGCUCCUCGACGCCGUCAAUGCCGCCUUCAUCUGGGCCAUCUCACGGCUCGCCUCCGUCCUCCGGCUACCGGCCGCCAUCGUCCGGGUGGGCACCUUCCGGUCAACCCGUGGGAGCACCACCCACAGAGCACCCCGGCGGCGUCUGGCCGCCGCCCACGCCGACGACUCCCGGCACACCAGGAUCGCCAUACCCGCCGACGACGCCAGGCACACCGGGAUCGCCAUCGACACCAGGCUACCACCCUCCCGCCCCGGGAACACCGUCUUCUCCAGGUUCUCGUUCACCGCCACCUCAGGGCGGCGACGGCGACCACGGUGGUCACGGCAACCAGCACUCACCGCCAUCUUCACCCGGCGGUGGUCUCCCAUUCCCGCCUGUCCACGGCGUGGCAUACUCCUCGCCGCCGCCACCGUCCGACCCAGCUGGGAAGCUGCCGUUCCCGCCGGUGCACGGCGUGUCAUACUCCUCACCACCGCCGCCGCUCCCGCCUGUCUACGGAGUAUCGUACGCAUCUCCGCCGCCGCCAACGACGCCGUACAACUAGCUUUAGCUGCUGAUCGAUCGGUCGCCACCUCCACGCCCGGACGUUCGCGCACCCUUCAGUCGUCAUCAGUACAUCUUGCACCGUAGUUUCUUUCUUCUUCUUCCUGCGUUCUUUUUACUGUAGUUUCAAAUUUCUUUCUUUUGAGGUUAUUCGAUCAGAUUGAAUUGAAAGGCUCUGCGGAUUCUUAA